GGGAAAAUGAUGAAUAUCCAGAACUCUUUGGUGCGGCGCGGAGCCUCCAGCAGCAGCAGCUUGGUGAAGUUGAGUGGAGGAGGUAUGAGUCCACUCAGCUUGGUCGCCAUCAGUCUCGCAACUUUGCUAGUUCUCGUCGCCCCACUCUGCCACAGCGCUCCAGCAGUGCUUCAGCAGGCCACAGCGGAUCAGAGGCAGCUUCUCAGCCAGAUGGACACUGCUUGCUCCUCUUUUUUCUCCGCAGACCUCAGGUUCGCCCUCAGCGAGGUGUCUGACGUCUUGGGGGAAAUUUGCAUCCUGAUGCUGGUUCAGAAGUCAAAGGAGCUUAAAGGGCGAGGAAAUAACAAAACGAGCCCUAUACAGCCUCUCCUGCAUCUGGUUUCUCAUCGGCAUACCCGAAGCGAGAGAGGACUGUCAGUUCGAGCUGAACUUGAGGGACCUGCUGGAAUCCAGAGCAGAGGCUACUUUCUCUAUCGACCCCGAAAUGGGAGAAGAGAUUUAGAAUACAAGUAGCAGAAAGUUUGAGCAGGGGACGCCAACGACCCCAAGACCCACCAGCCGCUGCGGCUGCACUGAACCACCCGCUGACCAGGACUCCACAGCCCUCUGACACUGCUGUUUACUGAAUGUACACCGAGAAUAUGAUGUAAUAAUA